AACUGAUUUUUUUUCUUUCUUGAAGUUGUUUAACCUUUGUUUCCAUUUACUUUUUCUUCAUUUCAUUUACUUUCGAAAUGUAACAAAUUUAAAAGUAAACAUCAUAAAUUAAAAAGAACCACAGAAAUAACAUUUAGUAGCUUAUUAUUCGAUUAAGAAACAUAAUGGAGGUUAAAACUGUCACAAAAAAUAGUCAUAUGUCAAAAAUUAAAAAUGUCUUAAAUUCAAAAGCAUCAUUUGUGCCGAAUAUCGAAGUAAUCACGAAGAAUGUUUUUGUACCUGUAACGAAAACCAUAUUUACCAAGAAACGUAAUGAUGCAAUACAGAGCAAUAUUCCCAAGCGCAAGACAGAGUUUUAUAAAUUAUGUCAAUCUAACAACGGCAUAACAGUAUCAUUGUUGAAAAAACCAUGUUGUCUUCCGACUAAUAUAAGCAAACAUGAAGUAAAAAUGUCAAAAAAACGAUCGCAUUUAAUUGAUAAAAGUUAUAGUUUUAUAAAUGAUCAAUCUAAAGAAUUCUCUGUACGAUCGCAAAAUAAAAAACAAAUAUUAGUAUUUCCUUCGUCAAUUUCUGAUUUGCCUUUGACUUCAUUUUCUAAAUAUCAAUCUUUUUCCAAUAAAAAUAUAGCUAAAUCGAAUAAAUUGAAGAAAAAUGAUAAAACUAAUGGAAAAUUAUCAAUUGAUGGCAUUAAUAAUAUUUUGUCAAAUCUUUCAAAGACAAAUAAUAAUAAAAAAUUAAAAUUACAUAAACCGAAGAAUGUUAUUUAUACAUCACAAUAUGAUUCUAAUCGGACUAAAUGUUUUUCCCCAAGUUCUAGCGAGAAGAUAUCUGAAAACAAUAUUUUAAAUAAUUCAAUUAUAUCUAACGAUACUUCAAAUAUUUCAUUAAGUACUACAGCUAUAACAACAACAAUGAAGAAUGACAGAACUGAAAAACAAUGUUUCUUUGAUCCUUAUUGUGAUUCUGUUUUAAGAAAUGUUGGUGUAACCAUAAGAGAUACAAUUUCUAAUACUAUUAUUAAUCAAAGAGAAGAAUCACAAUAUCCAAUGAAAUGCAUUGAAUCGAAUGCCUUUAAAGAAAUUCGGUGUUCAAUGUUUCAUCCCCCAACAUCGGACAAUUUUUCAGAAACAAAUGAGACAGAUGUAAUAGAAAAUAUGCAUAAAAAAAUUUUAUCUACGCGUAAUUUUGAAAAUAAUUCUCGGGAAAAUAUUGAUUAUUCAAUUCUAUCAUUUCUUACAAAAAAUCGAUCUCGACUUCAAAAUGAUACAGAUUUGCACAAAAAUGAUCAUCAUUCUUGUAAAAUAAAAUAUUCGUGGCAGGUGAUUGGUACAGGUUCACAAACGUCACAAACACUUUUGGACAGUUUAGUUAAAGAAAAUACUCUUGUCGAUGAUGAACCAAUUUGUAAUUGCAGUAUUAAAUAUUCUUGGCAAAUCAUUGGAAUUGCUACACAAACUGCUCCAAGUGAUUUCACUACGUCAGAAUGUCGUUCCGCUAUUUCACUUUUAUCUGCGAAAACGAAUACAAUUCAUCAUACUAACAAAGAAACUUAUACAUUACCAACUGCUACAGUUUGGCGAAAAGGUAAAAGAUAUAUUAUCUUAAACAAUCAAUGUUUGCAAACAUCUGCUCAUAAAGAAAGUCAAACAAUUUUUACAGAACUGUAUGAAAAAUAUCACGAUUAAAAAACUUUCGUUUAUAUCGACUCGCGUUUAUAUCAAAAAUAUAAAUAAAAAUG